CCCAACCGAGACCUAUUCCUUAUCUUGUUAUCCAUAUACCACUGGGACACCCAUACAAUGGCAAUGGCGAUUACAACGGCAACGGCAAAUGGCCGAUGGAGCUUUACAACAUUGAGGUCAGCGCUACCCUCUGUGAGAUCAGAAAUUUGUACUCCCUCUCGCGUUAGCUUCCCGUUGUCUAAUGUUCGAGUCAAUAGCAGAACCUGCAGCAAACCAAUCGCCUCCUUUUCGGGUCUAUGCCCCUUAAACCCCCUCAUUUCUACUGGCUUACCAGAUUACAACGGCUUUGAACAUAACUUUAAAAUUGUUGAUAGUGGUAGCCGAUUUUUUGCCAUGAGACAUGGCAAGCGGGUACCUAAGCUAAAUAGGCCUCCUGACCAACGACGUGCACUAUUGCGAGGGCUGACCACCCAACUUCUUAAGCAUGGUCGGAUCAAAACCACCAGAACAAGAGCAAGUGCUAUGCGCAAGUAUGUUGACAAAAUGAUUACAUUAGCAAAAGACGGUUCCUUGCAUAAAAGGAGACAGGCUUUAGGCUUCAUCUACGAAAAGCAGAUUGUUCACGCUUUAUUUGCAGAAGUCCAAGAUAGGUAUGGGGAGAGAAAUGGUGGAUAUACAAGAAUUAUAAGAACACUGCCUAGGCGAGGGGACAAUGCGCCUAUGGCAUACAUUGAACUUGUCUGAAUAUUGGCCAGUUAUGUUUGUGUCCUAGGAAUGAUAAUGAGAUUUAAUCUUUUUUGAGGCGUUGCCACAUGUAUGAUUAUAAACCUUGUAUUAAUGUACGCUUACCUAUACAUACAUGGUGGACAUAAAUAUUUUGACAAGUCAAUUUGGUCUACAUUAUGUGCGGCUUA